CCAAUCUCUGUCUCUCUCUUUCUUUCUUGCUUUCUCUCACACACUCUCUUCCUUUUCCUCGUGUCCUCUCUUCCUCCUCUUGUUGUCUCUGGUCCGAAUCGCACGGUGCUUUCCUCGUCAUUUUCACCUUCCUCCCUGGAAUCCGCCUUCUGUGCUGUGCUGAUAGCGUCGCUGCCUCUGCUUCCGCGGGCCGCUUUGUCUGCUGCUGCCAAGUCACCGGGGUCAGUUUGCUUCACUCUUCAUCUCCAUCAGCGCCUGUCGCCGUCGAACUCGGCCUUCAUCACCCUCUCUGCCAUCACUUGCUAUGCGGAUCGGGCCUUCCCGCCAUCGGUGCCCAUUCUUCCGGUGCUGAGCGAGUGCAGUCGAUGCCGGCCAGCUUGACCCCCAUCCGCUUGGGUUCUUCGAUGCGAUCCGCACCAUGGCACCUCCAUACCCCAGUUCCCAGGCCCCCCUGACAAGCUAUCCGCCCUCCUUUCUAUCGCUCCAGGACCAGAACCCCCCACUGUCGGCUUACUCGAUCCUGGGGACCGGGCAGUAUCCCGAGAGCGUCGCAUUCUGGCACAAUCCGCCCGCGCAACCCCAGCCUCCACUUCCUCCCGCCGCCAUCGCCGCCUCCUAUCCGUCGGGCCCCCCCAAGCCCCAGUCUCUCCUACAACCCGCGUCAGACCAGAAGAAGCAUAAGCGCACCCGCAGCGGCUGUUUCACCUGUCGCUCCCGUCGGAUCAAGUGUGAUGAGGCCCGCCCCAUCUGCGACAGAUGUCGGAAAGGGAACCGUGACUGUGUGUAUCCAUCGGCCACUGCGGGCGCGUCCAAGUCAGGAGCUCGUGCCGUCUCCAAGCCCCGAGGGUCGUUGUUGCGCGGGACUGAAUCUUCCAGUCAGGCGGGAUCCGAGGAGCUUCGCGUUUUGGAGCCCAUCGCCGAUGAGGAGGAGGAUGGGACUAGCGUCGGGUCGAGUGCCCAUCUGUCACCGUCAACCGCCCCGACUCCAACAACAUGGCCCAAGCCAAGCCCUCCCAAAAGACAGACCGGGCAGUCCCUGAGGCAGCCCGGGGGGAAGCCGUUUGUGGCUACCGAGCCAGGCAACUCACGGAUCGAGGCCAGUACUUCGCCUUCACCGUCCACAGAUACGUCAUCUCGAUUUGACUCGUUGAGCGCUCGGUCGGCCAGCGUUGGCGCUUCCCUGCCCGACCCAGCAGGGUUUGGUUUGCCCAGCAUAACUCAUUUGGCCGACGACCUGCGAUUCUAUCUCACUUAUCAUCAAGAGUUCAUCACAUAUCGACACUAUUUUCUCAAACCGGCGAAUGACCGGUUCGUUCAUCAAAGUAUCAUCGAACUGGCACUGCAGUAUGAUCCCCUGCUGUAUGCGGUGGUGGGAUUUUCAGCAUAUCACCGUUGUGUUCAGACUGAUAGUGGGAAGCUGUACACCUUUCUGAAGUACUACAACAUCGCGUUGACGCUGCUUCGCAAGUCCCUGGGCUCUGGUGAGCCUCAUAGUGAGGCCAUGCUGAUCACGGUGCUAGUCCUCACCACGUUUGAGGAAUCCAUCGGGGACUGGGUCAACCUCAUUGGCCACCAUCAAGCGGCUCACGCCUUGGUGCGGGAGAUUUUGACACCGGAAUCAGCCAGCUUGAACGAGCUUCAUAGCAAUAUAUUCACUUGGUACGCCCGCUUUGAUGUGGUCGCCGGGAUUCUGGCCGGGAAUGAGACAAUCUUGGGCCGGGAAUGGUACAUUGCGAAAGAAGAGUAUGAUGCCCAGCAGGCCGCCCUGCACCCGGGCGAUGUGGAGAAGCAGCUGGCGCUGGCAAACUCGAUCAACCGUCGGUUUGGGCUGGAGAUGGCGUCACUGUAUGCCAAGCUAUCUCGCGGACUGAUCCCGAUCAACGAGUUUAUGGUUCACAAUGAGGUUUUGGGACAAACCUUGGAGCGAGUGAGAGGCAUCCUAGAGACCUUCCACAACUCGGAGUACACCGUGCGCGACUAUCCAUAUCGCGUCCCUUUGACCCCAGAGGACAUUGUGGAUCCGUACAUCCCCGGAGGAUUGCAUCACGGGCCCCUCUGGGAAGUCAACAUGACGUGGAUCGACUACUACUCCACCAAGGCCAUGUACAAGUAUCAGACGCUCUUAUCGGUUAAACAAUCAUCGGUAGAAGAACUGGGAGCUCUCUCGAUGGAGCUGGCCCGGUUGAUGGAAGCCGUGGAUCGGUGGCCAGUGAAGGAAAACGGGUAUAUCCUGUCGUUCAAGAAUAGCAUCGGAAUGGCCGCCAUGUUUUGCCCUCGGGACGAGCGGUACAUCAUGUGGGCGCGGCGGAAGUUCGCUCAAUUGGAGCAAAGCGGGUACGUUGUUGCGGCGGCCUUCCGGACUGCCCUAGCGGCGCUUUGGCAGAAGCCCGAAAUCAACGGCUGGUGGCUCCCUGAUGAAGAGGGAUACCCGAGCAUCAUUCGUGAAGUGCGAGCGAUGACGGAAGAACGCACGAGCCACCCUCGCGAUAACUUCCGCGAAGACGUCAGCCAUAUGAAGACGCUGUUCUGGAACAUCACUCUGGACGACACUGAAAGCGAGAGCAGUCCCACCUCGGUGGGAACGGACAUCCGGUGAAUAUGACCAGUCACCGUGGUUCCCUGUACGACCGGAGGGCUGAGAUGUCUCACAAGCAGACGCUCAUGACAAAGGCUUCCCUUACAGUGCUGCCCUCUGUGACCUAGCCCUAAGCACGUGCAUAACACCCCAUGAACUGAUGUGAAUCCGUCCAGCCCUGACCUUUCCACCACCCCUCCUGCCGGUCACCCCUUCUUUACCGUCACACUUUCUAAUUCCGUCGUGGCUUAGCCAUGUCUUUCCGCUCGGACAAUGUGAUGAUGCAUGACCAGUACUCCGUACAUAUGAGAGAAAUGAUACCCGGAUUGAGUCAGAGCCAAUGAUGGACCAUACUUACAUACUGACAUGCCUACAUAGCUCUUGGAUCAUAUACAUACGCUAGAUACCCAAACAGCAUAG